CAUAAAAAGAAAUGACGGAAUAUAAGCUAGUUGUGGUGGGUGCCGGAGGUGUUGGUAAAUCAGCCCUAACCAUCCAGUUGAUACAAAAUCACUUUGUCGACGAGUACGAUCCAACAAUUGAGGACUCUUACCGAAAGCAGGUAGUGAUAGAUGGUGAGACAUGCCUUCUAGAUAUAUUGGACACUGCCGGUCAAGAGGAGUAUUCUGCGAUGCGGGAUCAGUAUAUGCGCACAGGAGAAGGUUUUCUACUUGUAUUUGCUGUAAAUAGCGCGAAAUCCUUUGAGGACAUCGGCACAUAUCGAGAACAAAUCAAACGGGUGAAAGAUGCAGAGGAAGUUCCAAUGGUUUUGGUCGGCAAUAAAUGCGAUCUACAGGCCUGGGCCGUAAAUAUGAACCAAGCUCGAGAGGUCGCCAAACAAUACGGUAUUCCAUUUGUAGAAACAUCGGCUAAAACACGUAUGGGCGUUGACGAUGCAUUUUAUACCCUGGUCCGUGAAAUUCGUAAAGACAAAGAGCAUAGGGGCAAAAAGGGCCGCAAGACGAACAAACAUAUAAAUCGCAAAUUCAAAUGCGAACUUCUUUAAAGCCUUUAGUUGGUACUUUCUUUUUUCAUUUUUUGUCAAAUGAGAGACUACAUAGAAUAGGAAUAUGCAAAAAACAAAAAAGAAAACUUAUUUAAAGGUUCUAGGCCACGGUC